AUGGACAAAUUAACUGACGAGCAGCAGAUAGUGCUGGACCAAUUUUCAGAAAUCACAAAUUUCGAUAAGGAAAAAGAAGAUAAGAAAGUACUCCGGCUACUAACCGUUUGCAACUGGAACUUGGAGACAGCAAUUGCACGAUAUUUUGAUAAUGAUUUCCCCCAAUUACUUGAUGAUCAUCAUUUUUCAAGCAUAUAUUCUGAUACCCAAUCGUUCAACGGCAAUACAGAUUCAGUUUUCACCAAUCAAUCUGUGGCACCUCCAAGCAACCGAUCAUCUUCACCGCCAAAUGUUUCUCCCUUUUUCAAUCCACCUGACAUUUCAUUCCAGGCUAGUUUGGUGAAUGCGUCUGACGAACUAUUAGUUCCCAAGUUCCAACGGGCCUUACCAAUCAAUAAUAAAUGGAAAUUUCAAGCUGGAUUGUUGAAACCUUCCUCUGAGAUGACGAAGUUAAACCCGCUAUUGACUUCUUUGGUUUUCAUAUUAAUGUUAAUCCCAAAAUUCUUUUUGCUUCUAGGUUAUGGGCUUAAUAGGGUUUUUGGAGAUUAUGCACCUCAUCUUUUCAAAUUUCUGGGACUAAGGAAAGAUGAAGAUGAUUUCCCGUCUCACCCGACACACAAUUCACCCGACGAUGUGGCGCAACAUGACAUUAGAAAGUAUGUUGCAGAGAUAUCAGGCAAGGAGGGUGAGCAGCUUCCACCUAUAUAUAAUGGAGAAUUCAAUAGUGCGUUUGAAGAAUGUAGGAAAAAUCUCAAAUGGUUCUGUUUAAUUUUGUUCAACUCUGAAUCAUCUUCCGCUGAAAGAAUAAUCAAAGAAAUCAUAACAAAUGAGAGGUUUGUUGAAUUUAUCAAAAGAAAUGACGUUGUUUUAUAUUUGGGUGAUGUCUCCUACCCAGAAGCUUAUGAAGUGGGCACUUCAUACCGUGCCUAUGGACUACCUUACUUAUCAUUAAUAGCAAAUGUUUCACUAAAUGGACUUUCAUACCCAGAAUUCUCAAUAGUGUGUAAAUGUCAAAGGCUACUAGAUGGAUUCAAUCCAACUACAAACAAUAAUUCUAUCUCUAGGCUUCUCAAGAGGCUAAACAGGAUUAUCGAAAAAUACGAGCCUCAAUUAGUCACGCAACGGUUCGAUAAGCAGGAGGCUGAAAUGUCACGAAUAAUUCGGGAACAACAGGACAAUGCAUAUAAAGAGUCUUUGUUGAAAGACAAGCAGCGUCAAGAAGAGAAAGUAAAGAAACAGUUAGAACAAGAUUUACAGAUCUCCAAGCAAUUGGAGAAGGAAAGUUUACUAAAGCAGAACAAAAUUAAAGCUAAAGAAUAUACAAUACGCUACAUUAACAACUACUACAUCCGUGAUGAUGCUUCAUGGGUCAAGGGAGAAUUUACUACUAUUCAGUUUAGGACAAAUGAUGGCAAGCGAUUUGUGCGCAGGUUUUCGAAAAAUGAAACAGUCUUUGAUAUUUUUAUGUUCGUCUUGUCUAAACAGAUGAUCAAUAGUUAUAUUAAUAGAGGUGUUUAUGACAAUGAUAGUGAUGAUGAUGGAAAUGAUGAAGAAAGUGAAGAGGUAUAUGAGUUUGUCGAAGAGGACGAUGUCCUUGAGUAUUUCAAAGAUUACCCCUUCAAAUACGACGAAGUUGAGAACAUUCACUUAGAUUUCGAAUUCGACCUAGUUUCACCAAUGCCUAGACUCAGGUUGGUUAGUAAUCAUGAUCCCAUAAGCGAAGUUAAAGGGAUAUGGCCGAAUGGUUCUCUCUUAAUUGAGCCAAAUGACAUUUACGAGGAGGAUGAUUGA